UCUCCUCGAGUCCCCCACGGUGUGGAGAGGGUGUCUCCUCUUAGCGGAGGAGAGCGGACCUCUCCUGCACCUGUCCCCUCAGCGGUGCUGCCAAAGCCAGAGACCGGAAGUUGGAAACCGGAACUCGGCUUCACAAUGAGGCUUGGAGCGCAGGUGCAGCCGCUCCAUCCAUCAUCUGUGCUUGCCGCUCACCGCACAGGAAUUUCUUCUCGCAUUUGGCUUGUGGCUUUUUCACGCCCUGUAUAUAUAUAUAUA